AUGGGUCAUAAAUACAAAUCACCAAGUACCCGUAAGGCCAGAGCGAAUCAUACGAUCAAUAAAAACAUGCAGGAUCCAGAAAGAGCUCGCCCUUUAAUCAAUGCACGAGCUGCAAGUAAAGCAGAAUUGAUCGAACAGUAUGGCCUACCCUCAGAUACAAAAUUUUUAUUUUUCAAGAAAGGCCGCUGGUUAAAAAGAGCUCGCUUCACAGUCCGAUAUGGGACAGUUGUAUGCCUUGAUGCUGAUACAUCUGAAUUGCUACUGGUGGCAAGAUUUGUUGAGAGAGACGAAGUUAAUGAGGACCUUUUUGAGUCGUACAAUCAUUCUAUUAGUACAAUCUAUCAGCAUGCUAAGGCGCGUGGAAUUAUUAAUAUUAAUGGUGCAAGUUAUAAAGAGAAGCGUAGGAUUCGCAAGCAUGGAACCAUGUAUGCAUUUGGCUUGAGACCUGGAUAUGAGAAAGGAGUAGCAGCAGGUACCUACACUUGGAAUGAAGAAACAGCUGCUGAUUAUGCCAAGAUGGAGGCUGAUCUCAAACGCCAGGGAAAUUUGCCUGAAAUAGAAAACUUCAUUGCCGAACGAUUUUCUGGACUCUCAUAUAAUGCCUUUCAAUCAAAUAGUACCUUAGCUUUGAUAACUGAUGCUCCAUCUUGGGCGAAUCAAUCUUUCUAUGUUUCACCAAAUUCCCAAGUCUUCUCGUCCAAUAUAACAAUGACCUGUGACGAAUUUACCAACAAAAAGCAUAAAGACCACGAUGCUACCGACUAUGCUUUUGGAUUCUUUUGCCUCAUUGAUCGUGCAACUGGUGAACUUUAUGAAAAAGGGUCAACAGUGCCUAGGGGUAAUGUCAUUGGUGCUCGAUUUGUAUUGGAUGAUUACAACCUGGAAGUAGACCUAGACUCAUCUGACGGGGUGCUUGAACUCAUAUGGAAUACACAGGUUAACCAUCACACCAGUCCAUCCAAAACUUACGAUGCAAACAAUCAAAGAGUAGCACCUGCUGAUGCAGAAGUGACACGAUUUGCUUGCUCAUGCCAGAUCUCUUUGUCCCUGGUUCAAAGGAUUGCAAAGGUGUAUGCAUUACGAGAUGGCAUGAAUGAAAAACAAUGGAAUGUUUAUCGAGAUACACAGCUACAUGGUUAUGGUGUUCAGGCCCAUGCAAAAAUGAAGGCACUUGCCAUCAAGUUGGGAAUUUGGGAAGAUAAUUUUUAA